AUGCAGCUGAAACGUCGAACGGGGUUGGGGUUAAAGCGUCGGGUGUCUAAUGCAGCAGCAGACAGCUCAAGCGAGGACGAGGAGGAGGCGAAGAGGCAGGCCGCGAUCAGCUCUGUCGUGGUUGAUGGGUCGCAUAUUAUGGGCGCUGCUGCUGAUCCCACGUUCAGGCACAAGCGCAAGGCAAAGAGGGGGCUUCAUUCAACCCUGGCGAGCAAGGAGAGGAGGCGGCUGAGGAAGAUGGAAGAGCCGAAAUCUGAGACCGUGGCUUCAGAUCAGCAAAACGCGAAAGAUGCUUCGGCUUCAGAAGAACCGAAAACAGAUGGCAAUCAAGCUCCAGAAGAACCGCCAUUGAAGAAGGUGAAGUUUGACCCGGAAUUGUCUCUCCGUGUCAAGAAGCUGUCAGAGACGGCAGUUCUUCCCAAACGAGGAUCUGCGAGUGCAGCCGGUUACGAUCUUUCAAGCGCACAUGACGUCACUGUGCCUGCAAGGGGUCAGGCACUCGUCAAGACUGAUCUCGCAAUCGCCAUUCCUUUGGGGACAUACGCUCGAGUGGCUCCUCGCUCUGGCCUUGCCCUGAAGCAUUCCAUCAACGUGGGAGGAGGCGUGGUUGACUACGAUUACCGUGGAAACGUCGGAGUGAUUCUCUUCAAUCAUUCUGACAAGGACUUCUCUGUGAAGGUCGGCGACAGAGUGGCACAGCUGAUCCUGGAGCGAAUAGUGACUCCUGAUGUUGUGGAGGUGGAAGAGUUGGAUGAGACCACACGGGGGGCUGGAGGGUUUGGCUCCACAGGUGGCAGUAACGCUUUGAAGCAUAAGUAG